CCCGGUCCCGGUCCCGCUCGCCCCGGCCAUGCCGUCCCCCGUUGCUCUGUUGCUGCUCUUCGCUCUGCUGCCGCCGUCCCCCCCCCCGCUUCACGCCGCCGCCACCGGGAGUGAAAGCGAAAGCGGAAACCGGGGGGUGCGGGUGGAGACCAUCGUGGCCGCCCCCGAGGGCUGCGUGGAGCGGUCGGCGCUGGGGGAUACGGUGCACAUCCACUACACUGGCAGCCUGGAGGAUGGGCGCGUCAUCGACACGUCGCUGAGCCGCGACCCCCUGCAGGUGGAGCUGGGCAAGAGGCAGGUGAUCCCCGGGCUGGAGCAGAGCCUGCUGGACAUGUGUGUGGGCGAGAAGCGCAGAGCCACCAUCCCCCCCCACCUGGCGUACGGCAGACGCGGUUCUCCCCCCACCAUCCCAGGCGAUGCGGUGCUGCGCUUCGAGGUGCAGUUGGUGGCUCUGUCCCGUGCCGGCGGUUGGCGGCGGGCGCUGGACCGGCUGCUCCCAUUGCUGUGCCUGGCGCUGCUGCCGGCUCUGCUGGGCCUCAUCGGCUUCCAUCUGUACCGCAAAGCCGGCGGCCCCAAAGCGUCCAAGAAGAGGCAGAAGGAGGAGAAGAGGAACAAAGCCAAAAAGAAAUAAAGCUCCGCUCGGCGUCUGCA